AUGUCGGCUUCACAUUUGUCAAAGAAUGAAAUCCCUCAUCUGCGCCGUACAGGGACAUCUGCUCAACUUAUUGUCAACGGGAAACCCUUCCUCAUGCUUGCAGGUGAACUGCACAACUCAUCGCUCUCGUCGGCCGCGUAUAUGUCUACAGUCUGGCCGGUGAUGAAGGCGAUGAACAUCAACACACUUCUUGGUGCAAUAACAUGGGAAGUCAUCGAACCCAUCGAAGGCACUUUCGAUUUCAACGAACUAGACAAGAUUAUUGUUGACGCACGCACGGCGGGACUGCAUCUCGUUCUACUAUGGUUCGGCAGCUUCAAGAAUGCACUCUCUACAUAUGUGCCAAGCUGGGUCAAAAGAGACUUUAAGCGCUUUCCACGUGUGCAUGUUCGAGAUGACACCGGUCGACUAAAAACAACAGAUCUGAUAUCACCGUUCAAUAAACAAGCUUGGGAAGCUGACGCCAAAGCUUUUGCUGCACUCAUGCGGCAUCUAAGAGAGAUUGAUUCAGGUCAGUCGACAGUGCUGAUGGUACAGGUGGAAAAUGAGACGGGUUUGCUUGGUGACAGUCGGGAUCGCUCUCGUGGCGCAACUGAGGCUUUCAAAUCGCCUGUCCCUAAUGAUCUCCUUGUGCACCUCCAAAAUCACGAAGAGCUGCACCCACUAUUUUUGAAGCGUUGGCCAGACUUCCAGACUUCUUCGAAGCAGCAGGAGAACAAGGAUUGGGAGUCAGUAUUCGGCAUAGGAGUAGCGACCGAGGAGCUAUUUAUGGCCGAUACAUUCGCUAGAUAUGUUAGCCAAGUUGCUGCUGCAGGCAGGGCCGAGUAUGAACUUCCAUUGUACACGAACACCUGGCUCAAUACUGAGGAUGUGUCGAUCCUUGACAUCUCUGGUGUCCCGGCAGGAGACGGCAAGCCGACUGUCGCUGGUGGAGGCACCCGGCCUGGAGCGUAUCCAUCUGGUGGCCCAGUACCACACCUACUUGACAUUUGGAAUUUCCACACUGUAGGCAAGGGAAAUCUUGACUUCAUUAGUCCAGACAUCUAUCUACAAGAUUAUAGCUGGAUAUGCCAUCAGUAUCGACAUCAAAGCAAUCCACUCUUCAUCCCCGAGCAGAAGGCUGAUCUUGCAGGAGUGAGGCGUAUAUGGCUGGCUUAUGGCUCACAUCAAGCGCUGGGAUGCAGUCUGUUUGGCAUUGACACUGUGUUCAUGAAUGCAAAGGAACAAGAAGCCUGGACGAGAAGUAAUGGCUUGUUAAAGAGCAUGAGUGGACAUAUUCUUCACACUCAAGCUGAACGGCCAGACUCCAUGUUCGGUUUUUUCUUCGACGACUACAAUGGCGACAAGCCUCAUGUGGACGAAUGGCACAAAAAAUUCAAGGAUAUUGAUAUUGAGGUAACAGUCGAGAGAUCCUUCGUGUUUGGCAAACCAGAACCAGGGUACGGAAUUGUGAUUCACACGGGCGAGAAGAAGUUUCUGUUGAUCGGAGCUGGCUUUAGAGUGACGUUCGAGAGCACAAACGCAGCAUCCACAUUUACUGGCAUCCUCUCUGCCCAGGAGAAAACAGUGAACGAAGAAGGAGCGUUGUCCACAUUGAGAGUCUUGAAUGGUGAUGAAACAAGGAGUGGCGCUUUUAUGAACAUGCCAACUGAGAGCCCUGAUUAUGGUGGAUUCCCAAUCCGAGUAACAAUCCCAGCCAGGACAUAUAUUGCUGAAGUUACUGUCUAUAGCAUCGAAGAAAGCGUCGAUGGUUUCUGA